AUGGCUGAUGUACCUUCUGCAGCACAAUUUAUCUCAUCCUCUUUAUUUUCUAUCCCAGCAUUAGAAGUUCAGGAUGAACACCAGGUGUCCGAUUAUCUGCUCUUGCAAAUUAUUGUUAAUAUUCCUUUACUUGAGGCUUGUGCUCGUUCUCGAAUGGAUGGCUAUCUUGCUUUGAAGCAACAGUUGCCUGAACUGGAACGUGAUAGUGACCCGGCGCCACGAUAUCGGUCGUCCGCUUCUGCUGGCGCCAAACAGCCGAGCCUAUCGCACCAGAUUCAACCUCAAGCCGAACUAGCUGAAAAGCCAUAA